AAAUCUGUCAUCACGAAUCAUGAAGUUUAUAACUUGUACUGUUACAAUGAACUGAAAAAAUAAAAUGAUGAUUUUUAUCUACUUUUGGUAGAAUUCAAUUUUUCAGUUUCAUCAGCCACUUUAUUUUUCUCUAUCACAUUUAUAGUUUCCAUUUGUGGGAUUCCUAGUCUCUCUUCCCUUUAUGGACAGUUCUCAUUCUAAUUCUUUUUUAUUUUGGAUUCAUGUUAUGAUUUAUUCACUAUAUUAAGAUUCAAACAUCAAUCUAAAAAAUUGAAAAUUUUUUACUUAAAGAUUUCUAGUUUAUUGGUCUUGAAGAGAUUAAGGAAAGAUAGAGUAUGAUCCAGCUUGAAGAAAACAAAGUAAAUAAUAAAAAGAAAGGUGAAAGGGUGCUGAAGGAAACUGAUAGGAAUCUAGGAGGAUGUUGUUUAUAUAAGAUAAAGACAACAGCUACAUGUGUCUAAAUGCGUGAAAGAUUCAAACAAUCCAACAAAUAUCACAUUUCAAGUGGGGGCCCUCAGACCCAUUACUGAAAAUCAUGUCUUGUCCUUCUGUUCAUAAAGUUAAUUCCACUUCCAAAUCCAAUCUUACCACUAUUUUAUGUUUUAGAUUCUAUCUUCAACACAGUUUUCUUGCUUGAUUCUGUUUAGAGAUGAGUAGAGAAAGAAUGGAAGAAGAACUUUCUUGUUCUUUGAUAGUUAAAGAGAAGCCUCAGGAUGAUGUUGGUGGUUGUUCUGGUGAAGGGCAGGUUGGAACUGGAACUACUUCUGCAACAGCUACGGUUGUUCUCAGCACCUUUGUUGCUGUUUGUGGAUCUUAUGUUUUUGGGACUGCUAUUGGAUAUUCAUCCCCUGCUCAGACUGGAAUCAUGGAUGACCUGAGUCUCUCUGUAGCGGAGUAUUCUCUUUUUGGUUCAAUAUUGACAAUUGGAGCAAUGUUAGGUGCAGUAAUGAGUGGGAGAAUAGCGGAUUACAUUGGUAGAAAAUAUGUUGCUUGGUGCCUUGACCUUGGCCGGCUGCUGGUAGGAUAUGGGAUGGGCCUCCUUUCAUACGUGGUUCCUGUGUAUAUUGCUGAAGUUACACCCAAGAAUAUUCGAGGAGGAUUUACAUCAGUCCAUCAGCUGAUGAUCUGUUGUGGUGUGUCAAUAACAUAUCUCAUAGGCGCUUUUGCCACCUGGAGGACUUUGGCCCUCAUUGGAACUAUUCCAUGUCUUAUGCAGCUUCUGGGUUUAUUCUUCAUCCCUGAGUCACCUAGAUGGCUGGCAAAGAUAGGAAAAUGGAAAGAGUGUGAAGCUGCCCUGCAGCGACUAAGGGGGGACAAUGCUGAUAUCUCUGAGGAAGCAAGCGAGAUUAGAGAUUACACAGAACAACUUCAACAGCUUUCUGAAGCUAGCAUUUUUUACUUGUUCCAGAGGAAAUAUGCUCGGUCCCUCAUUGUUGGAGUUGGCCUGAUGGUUCUGCAACAAUUCGGAGGAGUCAAUGGAAUUGCAUUUUAUGCUAGUGCUAUUUUUAUAUCAGCUGGAUUUUCUGGUAGUGUUGGAAUGAUAGCAAUGGUUGUUGUUCAGGUUCCAAUGACAGCAUUGGGAGUUCUCUUGCUGGAUAAAUCUGGGAGAAGACCACUUCUAUUGGUAUCUGCAGCUGGAACAUGUUUGGGUUGCUUGCUUGUUGGGUUAUCGUUUUUCUUGCAGGACCUUCAACAAUGGAAGGAAGCCACUCCUUUUUUAUCACUUGUUGGCGUACUGGUGUACACAGGAUCAUUUUCAUUAGGCAUGGGGGGAAUACCUUGGGUUAUAAUGUCUGAGAUAUUUCCCAUAAACAUGAAAGGUUCAGCUGGAAGCCUUGUGACAUUGGUUAGCUGGUUUGGUUCUUGGAUUAUUUCCUUUGCAUUUAACUUCCUCAUGAAAUGGAGCUCAACAGGAACAUUCUUCAUAUUUGCUAGCAUAUGCGGCUUAACUGUUCUGUUUGUAGCAAAGCUGGUACCGGAGACCAAGGGACGCACGCUAGAAGAAAUACAAGCAUCAAUGAAUCCACUUUCCUCGAAAAGAUGAAUAUGGCUUCUCCAUUAUGUCCUGCCGUGUUUUGGUAUACCACAAAUUAAUCAAUCUGUCAUUGAGCAAUUCAUGUACAAUUCAAAGUUCUAACAUCAAUGCAACCAUCAACUUUUGCUACCAAUGCCAUGUUUGAAUUCAUGAAUUGAUGGUUAUUUCACUUGCAUACAGAAUUUUCUCAGUGUUUGUGUUAUUCCAUUUUCCUGUAGCUAUUAUUAUUGUUAUUAUUAUUAUAUUUUUUUGGUACAAGGAAAAAUGGCAUUAUUAGAAAUUUCAAAUUUAGUUGAUGGAUGCCAAGACAAGAGCGGUAUAACACAAAAAUAAUUGCACCUAAAGGGGAUAGCGGCGCAUGGCAAGAGACAAGAUAUUCUUCAAAGGGAAAUUAGGAACCCCAUGAUUAAAGGGGACCUAAGUCAUAACAGUUACUGUUGAAAUGCUUCAUUUUUUGUUAUUUAACUAACAAACCUGGCCUGGAUUUUCCAUUUUCAUGCAAUGUGUUUGUUUCCCUAGAAAUGUAUGUAUAACAAGGAAGGGCAUUUGAGAAGUUCUCUAUUUUGCAGAUGACGAAAGUUUAUUUUUAAACUUCUCUGGAAGCUCUUUAAACCUGAUAUGUUUCCAUGUACAUGUUUUUGAUGUUAGCAUGCACUACUGAUGAUUGUUCUCCAAUGGACUUGACUAUUAGAUCCGAUUCUUCUCCUUUAGCAGUCUUAAUGGCCCGAAUUAUUGCUUGACCAAAAAGCUUGUCUAUCUCUGAAACUAUAUAUUGCAGGUGAAACCAAGGGAAUAAGAGUUCUAUUCCUUCUAGUUCAAGAAAAUGGGGAAUAAAGUUAAAUCUUUCAGGCAAUGACCAACCAUUGGUGAUAAAUCAGAAUCAAUAACUAGUUGGCCAUGGUUGAAGACAUUGAAGCACCUUCAAAUCAUUAUAAACUAUAUAUGAUCAAGCAACAUACAUACAAUCAGGGAAUGGAACUUAUGAUCAUCUGGUAUUAUAUAUCAAGCAAGAUAUCGAUGUUAGUUUUCUAUUGCCUGGUCGGACCUCUAUUGUAUUUCAUUUUUGGCAUGAAUCUUUGGAGCCCACUAAAUAACUACUUUGGUUGCCUACAAACCUAAAUGCAUGUUGGAAGGUUACUGUUCUUAUCAAAGUUAUCAUAUAUCUCAUGAAACACAUGGUUCAAAGCUCUCCCUUGAAGUAUUCUUGCAGCUGUUUGGCAUGGAAAUUGGCAUAAAAAAAGAAAGGAAAAAACUUAUUUAAGAGGUGGGACAGUUAUUUGUUCUCGUUAUCAACUGGUGGUCAGAAUCAAUUUUGCAGGAGUGGAAAGACUUUAGCAGAUGAAAUAUUCUACCUUCCAUUAUUGAUAGUGAUCUUG